UUUCAGCCAAUGCGAUAAAUGCGACGAAUACUAACUCUUUUGCUUCUUUUCAAUGUCGUCAGGAGCUCCGAGGCAAUUACGGGCGGCGUUGUCAAUUUGAGACCAAAGCAGAUUAUUAAUUCAGUUGGAAUCGGAGAUCGCUUCGGUGGAAUUGGCACAUCGUCUGAUGAAUCGGACCACUUCAAGCUUCUUGCCGCCGAUGGAGAUUCACUUCUUGUUGGAGCGAGAAAUGCCGUCUACAACCUAUCACUUUCCACUCUAUCAGUCAAUCAUAAAAUCGAUUGGAAACCACCUGCAGAACAUAUCGAGGAGUGCAUAAUGAAAGGAAAAUCCAAAACAGAUUGCCAGAAUUAUAUUCGGGUCUUGGCACGAAAAUCGGCAGGAGUCUCACUUGUGUGCGGAACUCACGCAUUCUCACCAAAGUGCCGAGAGUAUACGGUAACUGAGUUUGGUAUCAGAAAUACUCGACAAUUCGAUGGACAAGGAAUUUCACCGUAUGAUCCGAAGCAUAACUCGAGUGCGCUCUAUGUGCCUGGAACAAAUCAGCUAUUCGUCGCGACUGUCACCGAUUUUGUCGGCAAUGAUGCUCUUAUUUAUAGAAAGACAAUCGACGAGACUCCAUCAAGUAAAUCAGCGGCAAACAUUCGAACACAAAGUUACGAUGCAAGAGUGUUAAAUGCUCCAAACUUUGUUGCAACAUUUGCCUACAAAGAACACGUAUAUUUCUGGUUUCGAGAGAUUGCCAGUGAGGCAAUUGAUAAUAAUGAGGAGCCGCAGAUUUACGCACGUGUCGCACGAGUCUGUAAAAACGACAAAGGAGGAGCGAGACCGGCAAAUGAACGAUGGACAAGUUAUUUGAAAGCACGGCUUAAUUGUUCUCUACCAUCCGGAUCGUCACCUUUCUAUUUUAAUGAGCUCAAAGCCGUAUCGGAUCCAAUUGAUGCCGGAAACAAUAACCACGUCGUCUACACUGUAUUCUCAACUCCGGACUCUGAUGUUCGAAUGAGUGCUGUUUGCAAGUUUUCGAUGAAGAAGAUUCGCGAGGAGUUUGAUAAUGGAACUUUUAAGCAUCAGAAUAAUGCCCAAUCAAUGUGGAUGGCAUUCAAUCGGAACGAAGUACCAAAACCUCGUCCUGGAUCGUGUUCUCCAGAUUCUACAAAACUUCCUGAAAAUACUGUAUCAUUCAUUCUUCAUCAUCCAUUACUUCAUCGUCCGAUUCCUUCUGUAGCUGCACCUCUUUUAGUUGAAGGUGCAGAUCGUGCAGAUCUAACUCAGAUUACUGUACUUCCACGUGUACGUGCAGUUGGUGGACAUAACUAUGAUAUUCUGUUCAUUGGAACGUCCGAUGGAAAAGUUCUGAAAGUUGUUGAAGUGGAUGGUAAUGCUACAGUAAUCCAAUCGGCUACAGUAUUCCAAAGAGGUGUUCCAAUUGUCAAUCUACUCACAACUAAGGAAAGUGUUGUAAUUGUGUCUGCUGACGAAAUUGCAUCUCUACCAGUUCAUAAUUGUGCACAACAGACGAGCUGCUCCAAAUGUGUACAACUUCAGGAUCCACACUGCGCUUGGGAUUCUAGUAUCGCCAGAUGCGUACAUGGUGGUUCAUGGACAGGCGACCAAUUCAUCCAAAAUAUGGUAUUCGGCCAAUCCGAGCAGUGUCCUGAAGGAAUCAUUGUCAGAGAAGUAUUCGAUGAUAAUGAAAGUGAAGCACAACCGGAAGCUGUCUCGAGAAGCGGAUAUCCCAAGGAACACUCUACGAUUACUGUAGUACUAGUUGCCGCUGUUGCAUCGUUAAUAUCUCUGAUCAUUGGAGCAUUUUUACAGAUCGGUAUUCGCGUCAAUCGAUGGGCUGCCACGUCGGAACCGCAUCGAUCCGCUAGCUCGACGAGUGGCUCGGAUUACGAUAGCUUCGGAAGAGCACGACUGACAAGACACGACUCACUGACGACUGCAACAAAAGUGGAUCACGGAUUUGUGCCUCAAUCCAAACAGAGCGUGGACGCCACGUCAUUGGUAAUGUCAAUAAAUGCCACGCAUCAUCCAAUGUCAAUGAGCCAACACGGGUCUGGAAUCAACACUCCGUCAAGGGACAAAAACGCUAUUGUUACCUCAAUAAAUCAGAAUACACUACCAAGAGAUUAUAAGGUUAAAAAAGUGUAUCUUUAAGCUUAAAAGCCCCUCUCUAGUUUUAUCAGUUUUAACCCCCAUAGUUUUACAAAACAUAUGUUUCCUGUACUUUUUCACAUUUCUCGGUGCCUUUCCUUCUUCCUUCUCUUCCCAUCGCGCCCAUUCUCCUCCAUAUUUGCUUUUUCUUGCCGAUACGUGUAUUUUUUUUUCUGAGCCCACACACACACACACAAUAACCUUUAUAAGGCCUUUCUUCCUCUCCUGUCGAGUCAAUUUCAAGAUCUCUAAAAAAAAUAGUUUUUAAGAAAAGCAUAUUAGGCUCGUCCCUUCCAUCAUCGAAAAAUCCCACACUUCGUACACUGGUUUUCACUGAUUUUUCACUUUGUUCUGUAUCAUUUUGCAACAAAAAAAAUUCAUAAAAAUUGAAAUUAUUUAAAU